AUGGCGUUGCUGCGUGCCGCGGCUGCCCGUGCAGCAAGCCGCAUGGCCAACUGUGCUGUGCCUAAGUUGCCUCAGAGCUUGACGCAGGCCAGCAGUCACAGCAUGCCGUAUUUGCCCGUGGAUAUGGUCUUCCGCUUCUUCCCCCGCUGGACACGCGACAAGGUUCGCUUCUUCUACUGGUACUACUUGGUGUCCUUCCUGCUUGGAUUUGGCUUCUUGAUGGGAUAUUCGCACACACCAUAUGUUGGCGACAACUAUGACCACUUUCCUGAGAGCCCGCUUUACAAGUGGACGAAAAGCAGCUUGGACAAGACUGGGCAGCUUGAAGAGAACCUCCGGGUGAAAGUCCACCACUUCUACCCCCAGACGGAGUAG